UUUCAAAUGGCUGGAAAUACAUAUAUACCAAUAAAAAAGAGAAAAAAAAGGCUGACAAUUCCUUUAGUUUUCUUCUUUUUUUUUUUUGAUUUUUUUUUCUCUGUUUUUUUUUUUCUCUGUUUUUUUUUUUGUUGAUUUACAUUGGACUCUUGUUGUUUGUUCUUUGGUUAAAAUUCAGACAACAAAAAAAAAAAAAAAAGAAAACAUGUUGUCGUAGGGUUUGGGGUCAUUCAAUUUUCAUUUUCAAAUUUCAAAUUUUUGUUUUUUGGUUGACUCUUGUUUUCUCCAUUGGUUCGUUCCUUCCCUUUGUUCCUCUCUCUCUCUCUCUCUCUCUUUCUCGUUUUCUCUCGUUGUAUUGCUUUAUUUAUUUUGUGAAUUCCAUUCUGUUUCUCGUUACAUUCUCCAUUAGGGAUGAUUCCAUCCCCCCCCUGCGUUUGGCGACGUUUUUCUUCCCUCGUUUUUUUCAUGUCUUUUGUUUUUCUUUUCUUAGGGGAAUCGUUUCCUUAUUAACCUCGUUUUAAGCGAAUCUUAUUCACCCACCUCUGCUACUCUUGUACACUUGUUUGCACAUACGCAAGCACACACACAGACACACACACACAACUCGAGACUUAUGCAUAGAAAAACGAAUUCAUUCUUUUUUUCUUUUCUCAGCCCACUUGCUUAGAAACAAACGAAUGAUCCCAUUAACGAUUCUCUCUUGAUUUUUAUAACGAUUUUUUUUUUCUUCUUUUUUUGCUUGGAUUUUUCCCCUCCCCUCUCUCUCUCUCUGUUUCUUCUUUAAUUUUGCAGCUUUCUUUUUCUUUAUUUCCCUCUUUUCUCAUGCUUUCCCCUGUACGGUCCUUGUCAUCCUUUGGAGUUUCUCUUCCACUAGUUUGUCGUCGUCAUGCUCCUCGUUUCCUUCUUCCCUCUCGUCCCUCUUCUACCAACUCUCCUUCCUCUCAUGCAGAGUUUCGAGCUCUUAUGCGCCGUUUUGCCCAACCCGUCGUUAUCCUUUCCAGUGGGUUUCCCAAUGGUCAGCAUGCCGCCAUGACCGCCUCUUCCUUCACCCCCGUCUCUCUUUCUCCAAACCCCAUCGUCUCCUUCAAUCUCAAGGUUCCUUCCCGUACCGCCUCGGCCAUUCUACAAUCUCAACGCGUCGUCGUACACCUCCUUUCUAGUUCCAUUCUUCGUCACUCCCAAUGGGCAUCUAUCCUUUCCCGACCAAACCAUCCCUCCAUCUUUCCUUCCCCCGACCUCUCCAGCCCUUCUUCACCACCCAAUUCUUCCGGCCAUAGCCACGGCUCCACUCAUAGCCAUAGUCUUUCUCCGUCCGAAGUUUCCUUUAGCAAAGAAGGUGUCCCCCAUCUUUUGGAUAGCCUUGGCCUCUUGCAUUGCUCCAUCCUCCAAUCUAUCCCCGUUCAAGAUCAUCUCUUGUUUCUUGCAUCUGUCAACCGCGUCGAACACGGUUCUAUUCCCCUCUCUCAAUCCACCGGUCUCGUCUAUUAUAAUCGAGAAUACUGUUCCAUUUCUCCUAUCCAACCUUCUUCACCUUCUACUUGUACAAAUACAAAUACAAAUACAAAUUCUUCCCCUAAACAACCAAAUCAAGAUGAUCGGCCUUGAACCUACCGCAUAUACCCGUUCUCCUUUCCUUUUUUUUCGUUAUGAUCUAUUUUUCUCUCCUUUCUUUUUAUUCUCUCCAUAUGCCUACUUCCCCUUUCCUUCCUUCCUUCCUACCAUUUCUAGUUUUUUUCUUUACAGAUUACUCUUCAACUUCUAUAUUCCUUCUAUAAAAUCCUCUCUAUCCAACGACCUUUUUUAUAAAGUUUCUUGAAAAAUCUACCAAUUGCUCGUAGCAUAAUUGGAAUCCAUCAUCUCCUCCAUAGUAAGGAUCCUCCACAAUCUUCGAGACACCUGCGCUACCAUAAUCUCCAAAUAAUGAGAUAUGUGUCUUUGCAUCACUGGGACACACCCGUUUAAUGUUUUGCAGAUUUGAUCGAUCCAUUGCAAAUAUGUAAUCAAACUUUUUGAAAUCUGUCAAUUUUAGUUUUCGAGCCACAUGGUCCGUAUGAAUUCCAUUUGCAAACAACACAUCCACCGUACGAGGAUCCGGCCAGCUGCCUACGUGCCAUGCUCCAGUACCGCAACUGUCAAUGAUUUCGAAAUGCUCACUUACGCCUGCCUUUUCCACUUCGUCUCGAAAAACGGCUUCCGCCAUUGGACUUCUGCAAAUGUUGCCUAAGCAGACAAAAAGAACGCAUAUUUUCAUAGACAUUUUUCAAUUCCAAAAAUCUUUUUGUUUUUUUUUUAUAGUAAAGUUCUCCCUAAUGAACGAGCAACCAAACUUAUUUUGCUUCUAACGUCUGCUUCUAAUAAGGAUAUGAAAUGGAAUCCCGUUUGUCUUAUUUUACUUUUUCUUUUUCUUUUUAUAAAACCGUUCGAAAUCACUAAUAUCAAGUUAUAAUGUAAACGCCUUUGUUUCAACGACAGGAC